AUGCCACCUUUCAAGGAUGAGCAUGUGCUCAUCAUUGCGCCCGGUUCGCAGAUCACUGCUGCGCAACUGGGGCUUCCCGAGUCCUUCACUCCUCCUCGAUUUCGCUUUCCCACUCGCAUGUUCCCAGGACCUAAGCCUGACGAAUGGGACCCUGUCAGAAUUCGCUCCAAAUCAACCUUGAUCACUAAGCCUACUGAGCCUACGAGUAACGGAGACCCUGUCACCGCCGACCAACCAAAUGGACAACAAGCCACCGGCGAACUGCCCGGCACCGAACCCGAACAAGCCGAUGCGAAGCCGGCUGCCUCUGAAGAUGUUGAGAUGAAAGAAGCUCCAGCAGCAGAGGAGACUACGACGGCAACAGCGACGGCAACCGCAACCGCAACAGAAACAGCAACAGCAACAGCAACAGAUACAGUCUCAGAAGCCCCGCCUACGGAUGUGUCUCAACCAGAACCAGCACAGCAAGAUGCGCCGCAAGAUGCUCCACAAGAUGCAGAAGAUGAGACAACGGCAACGUUCGAGGACGAUCUAUGGUCCACCGAGGGUGCUGUUUAUCCCAUCCGAGAAGGUCGAAUAGAGAACUGGUCCUGUUUCUUCGCUCUCCUGUCACACAUCUACAACAUGAUGUCUCCCCCCUUCCACAUGCCGGUGCUGUUCGUGGCACAGCCGUGCUGGACUAGUCGAGACCAGGAGAGGAUUACUCAGUUUGUCUUCGAGACCUGGAAGGUUCCUGCCUUUUGUCUCAUGGAUGCCGCCUUGACGGCCUGUUAUGCCUACGGUGUUCCCACCGCAUUGGUGGUCGACGUCGGCCACGGCAAGUGCGACGUGACGGCAGUAACAGAAUUCCAAGUGAACGACAUAGGUCGUGGCAUUGCCAUACCUGACUGUGGAGGUCAUGCAAUGACCAAGCGACUGCAGCAAGUACUGGAGGGUGAGGGGUUUACUGAGGAAAUGGCCGAGCAACUGAAGAGGAGCCAAAUUUGCGAGAUCCUCCCCGCUGGAGUGGAAUUUCCCCGGGGCACUGCUAAUGGUGUGGCGCCUAACCCUGCCGCUGCCGCUUCUACCGGUGCAUUGGAUUCAGGAGUCAAUGCCAAGGAUGGUGAUGGCCUGAGACCUGGCCAGGCGCCGAGAGGCCCUGGUGUAGACACCAUGGUCGGUGAAGAGGGUGUCAACGGCAACGAAGAAGAGAACGAUGGCGUCCUUGACGUCGCCGCCAUCGUUGCCCGAGACAACGCGGCUGAACUGCUGGCCAAGCGUGAAAAGGAGAAGGCGGAGAAGGCGGCAGCCAAAAAGAGUGCAGCUGACGGCCCCAAGGCACUCAGGCUUAGAAAUUCGGAUAAGGAGCGUGCGUCGUUUACGUAUGUGGAACUCCUUCCCGAGGAGGAUUCGGACCCCGCCGAAGGAGAGCAGAAAAGCCGAAAGCGAAAACGCGAGAUCGAGGUGGGCGUGGAGCGAUUCAUGGCGGCGACACCACUUCCCGGCGUCGGCGAGGGGAUCAUUGAUACGAUAGCGGAGGCGAUGCAUCACACUGUUCUGAGCGUGCCCGACAUGGCGCAGAGGUCGACGUUGUGGGAGAACGUGAUCAUCUUGGGCAACGGCAGUCGCAUCAGAGGGUUCACUCCAGCUUUACUGUCCGUUCUCCAUGCCAGAUACGUCCUCUCGCCUUCGACGGCCACCAUUUUCACGUCCGAGCUACCGUCGAAUUUCACUACACCCAUCGCCACGCCUGGCACGAACACCCCCAUUCCCGGACAAGGCGGCCACUCUCUACACCAGCCGGGCGGCCACGGCGUCAAUCCUCUCUUGGUAGCGGCGACAAAGAACAUGAUGCAGCCUAAUCAGCAUCUGCAAGUCCCUCAGCCUGGGUCCGUCAUGGAUCCUGGCAUGCAUCAUACACAUCGAGGUUUCAGCCAAACCCCAACUUCCAUCAAGAUGGUCAAGGCUCCCGAUUACUUCCCCGAAUGGAAGGACCCGAGCGUGCAUGGCAUGGAAGAGGCGGGUUUCUUGGGAGCGCAGGUGGCGGCGAAGGUGGUGUUCAUUGUCGACCAAGGAAAUAGCAAGGGAUUCCUCACCAGGAGUGAGUAUAACGAAUUGGGACCGACGGGGAUCCAUGACUGUUCUAUUUAG